AUGAAAGAAGAACAAAUAACUGACGACAAAGAUAUUUCAUCGAACGAGAACGCGGAGGACAUUUAUGGCAAAAAAAUCUCAUCAACAAACAAUCCCGCUGAUCCCGCAACCUGGAUUAUCAAUGAUGAGCUUCGUGAUCUUAUAACUCUGAACGGUUUCGAUCAGAACAUCAAUGCUGAUUUCUCUAACUCCAAAAGGAUAUAUAAUGACUGCACGAGAUACUUUUCGGCUUCUUUUUUCCAUCGAACACUCUUGAAUGGUGAAAAAACUCGACGACCGUGGCUUCUCUACUCUCUAAGCAAAGGCAGAGUUUAUUGCGCUCCAUGCCUGUUAUUUGAUUGCAGUACUCAAUUCAAGGGCAGAGCUAAGAUCCAGGGAAGAAUUGAUACGGACAUCACACUUUUACAUGAGCAAGAAAUAUCUUACUGGAGAAACGUUUUGAAACAAGUCUUGGCCGCAGUAAAAUAUUUAACUUCACGAGGACUUCCAUUCAGGGGUGACGACGAACGAUUCGGUUCACAGCAUAAUGGCAACUAUAUGAUGCUUCUAGAAUUGAUCGCUCAAUUUGAUACGUUUCUUGCUGAGCAUAUCAACAGAUUUGGUAAUAAAGGUAGCGGAAGUACAAGUUAUUUAUCAAAAACAAUUUGCGAUGAAUUCAUCAAGCUUCGGGGGGGAAAAGUCCAGGACAAAAUUAUCGAAGAAAUUAAGAUGGCUAAAUGCUACUCGAUGAUCGUAGACUCUUCUCCUGAUAUUUCUCAUGUCGAUCAGCUGUCCUUCAUAAUCAGAUAUGUGAAAGAAGAUGGAGUUCCUGUAGAGCGUUUCCUUCAAUUUGUCCAAAAUCCAGAACACAAAUCUGAGAAUCUUGUAAAUGCUAUUUUUCCACGUAUGAAUCACUCAGCAUCAACAUAA